UAAAUCUUCAAUCUCUGAUACAGCGGAGAUCAUACAGUGGUGGUUAGUGGAGGGUUGGAAUCAAAUCGUUUAAUCUGAGAUACUUUGUAGCUCAGAACAGUUUACAGAGGGUUACUUCUGCGAAUUUAUUUAAUUUAAUUCUGUCUACUUAGAUAGGUACUUCAUAAGCACUUAAUAUUGUUUACCAAAGAAAUGGUGAUGGAGAAGCCAAGUCCCCUGCUUGUAGGGCGGGAGUUUGUGAGGCAGUAUUACACACUUUUAAACAAGGCACCAGAUUUUCUACACAGGUUCUAUGGGAGGAAUUCAUCCUUUGUUCAUGGAGGACUUGACCCCAGUGGAAAGGUGGCAGAAGCAGUUUAUGGCCAGGCGGAAAUCCACAAGAAGGUCAUGUCACUGCAGUUUAGUGAAUGCCACACAAAGAUCAGGCAUGUUGAUGCCCAUGCUACUCUGAGUGAUGGAGUGGUCGUGCAGGUCCUCGGAGAACUGUCGAACAAUGGUCAGCCUAUGAGGAAAUUCAUGCAGACAUUUGUGCUUGCUCCAGAAGGUUCGGUGGCCAACAAGUUCUACGUCCACAAUGACAUCUUCUGUUAUGAAGACGAGGUCUUUGGAGACUCUGAGGCUGAGCUUGAUGAAGAAUCAGAGGAGGAAGUUGAAGAGGAGCCAGAGGAGAGGCAGCCAUCCCCUGAGCCACUUCAGGAAAGCCCCAACAGUACCACCUACUAUGAACCCCACCCUGUCACUAAUGGGGUAGAGGAGCCCAUGGAGGAGCCAGCUCCAGAGCCAGAGCCUGAGCCUGAGCCAGAGCCCAAAGCAGAGGAGAUAAACCCCGAAGAAGAUGAGAAAGUUAUGGAAGAAAUGGAGGAGAAGGCACAGUCACCAGCACCUGUUGAGUCUCCACCAACCACACAGGAGACUCCCAAGACUUUCUCCUGGGCUUUGGUGACCAGUAAAAACCUGCCUCCUACUGGCACAGUCACUUCCUCUGGAAUAUCGCCACAUGUUGUUAAAGCUCCAAGCUCACAGCCCAGAGCUGAAGCUAAGCCGGAGACACAAACAACACCUCUUCGCCCCAGAGACCAGCGUGCACGUGAUAGACCGACUUUCACUCAGCGUGGUCCCAGACCUGAUGGUGUUGCAUCAUCUGAGUCACAAACGGGGAAACCACACUUGAGUUUUGUUAACAAAGGUGGCAGAGAUGUUGAAUCUGGUGACAUGGACAGCAGGCGGAUUGUCCGGUACCCUGACAGCCACCAGCUUUUUGUUGGCAACCUCCCACAUGACAUUGAUGAGAAUGAGCUCAAAGAGUUCUUCAUGACAUAUGGAAAUGUGGUGGAACUGCGAAUCAACACCAAGGGGGUUGGUGGGAAGUUACCAAACUUUGGAUUUGUGGUCUUUGAUGACUCUGAUCCUGUUCAAAGAAUCCUGGGGGCCAAGGUAGAAGGGCCCAUCAUGUUUCGAGGUGAGGUGCGCCUGAAUGUGGAGGAGAAGAAGACGAGGGCAGUGCGUGAACGAGAGACCCGAAGUGGCGAUGAACGCCGAGACAUGAGGCGCAGCGACCGGGGUUCUGGAGGUUCACGAGGCAUCGUGGGAAGCGGAAUGAUGCGUGAGCGUGAUGGAAGGGGACCGCCAUCUCGAGGUGGCAUGGCCCCUAAACCUGGCAUGGGCUCUGGAAGAGGCUCUGGUGGCCAAGGAGACGGCCGCUUCACAAACCAGCGCCGCUGAGAAGAGCACCACCUGCAGAGUGGAAGUAGUAUCGUGUUCUUCAUCUUCAACCGUUCUUGCUAAGGAAAAGAAAUCUUCAUGUAUAAAGUAUAUAUUUGUUUUUCUUUUUGUUUUUAAUUUUUUUUCUUUGUUUUGUUUUUGGUGUUCCCUCGUUUUGCUUUGGAAUGUGACAGCCUGUCAACCAAUUGUUUGUGAAAUAGACCAAACAAAAUAAGCAAACGCAAAUUUCGCUUAUUAUUUGUGAGCUGAGCAUCCUUGUCGGGUAUCUCAAGAAUUCACAAACUGUAAUUUGUAAAUUCACAAUAAAAGGCAAACCAACCAGGAGUAAUCUGCCACAUUAGGAGGGACUGAUAAGACUUUAAACUACAACACAGCCCAACAUUUUGAAAAGAGAUUAUAUGCCUUGACUUAAUAGGGGCAUUGCUUCACGAAAUCCUUCUAUUGCACAUUUUAUAUUGUAGUUUCCUGCCCGUUACUGUUGAAGUGUGAAAUGCAAAAUUUGUGCAGUUCCAGAGGGAAGGCGUGCUGUUUACUUUCCCCAUUUGAGAGACCACUGCUUCAAAGUUGCGUAAUGCACACAUCAGUAUGCACUAAUGGGUACUUUUGUCAUGUUACAUUGACAUCCAUCCUCGGGACACAGCUGGGGAGCCUCGUUUGGUCUCUCGGUGAUACGACUUACUGGGUCGGGCCUCUUUUACAGCCUGACUGCUGUGACCAAUGUACUUAUCACACUUUUGACCCAAAACUACGCUUCAAAUACUGUUGGAUGGACAAGAUGAAAAGCAAAUCUACAUUAUAUUUUUCCUCAUUUGUAAAUUAAAGUUUAAAAUCCUGGACUUUCACCAAAUGAGUGGGGGGACAGAGGAGGAGAAGUAGAAGAGUGGUAAUGAUGGAAGGCUCACUCCUUUUAUUUUUAUUUUUUUAAUUCCAAGCUUCUUUUUUUUUUAUGUUUUUCCUGCCAGCUUGACUGCGAAACUGGGAUGAACGAAACCUUCCCUCCCUUCUGUCUUGGGUGCGGAGUAACCGAAUAAAUGUACAGCAAAAAUCCUAAUUUACUGUACGUUUUGCUUUUCUGUGCAUAACUUCAUUUUUCUUGACUUGAUAAAAGCAUGAUGGUGCCUUCUAUUUCACCUUUUCCAGUCUUACUGAAGCGUGAAGCGGUUCGGGGCUCGCUGCCUCCUGGUAUACAGAGCUGCUUAUUUUGAACUUUAUUCUGCUAAGAGCAGACUUAAAAAUAAUACUCACAGUAUUCAUAAGAUUUAUGUUUAUCAGGUGCAUAUUUAAUUUUUCCAUACUGUUUUACUACCUAAGAUGAUCUGCUGUGAGUUUUGUACUCUUUAUUUUGUAAUUGUCUGUCCUGGGUUUUGUAGAGACAAUAGGUGCCUCAUAUUCUGUUUGUAAAAAGAUUAUUAGAGGUGCAUCUAAAGAACUUUCUCUAUCCCUUCUCAAAACAAAAACAAAACAAAUGGGGGAAAAAUAUGGUACAUACAAGAUGGUAACAGUGAAUGCUCGGUCCUUGGUUUAUCCGAUCAUGGCUCUGCAUGACCAUGAUUUCAUUGAGCUAAGGUUUAAACGGCUAAUCUGUGUGGUUCAGAUACUGGCUGACCUUCAGUCUUGAGUUUUUCGCACCUCAUGGCAACAUUUGGGUCGAUCCAUCGACUCACAAGGUUGUCGGUGUUUAUUUGUCAUGAACAGUUUUAUAAUCUGUGGGUGGGUUGGCCACAGCUGCAGCCCACAUUCAAGUAAAUAAUUGCUCACUUUUCUAUUGUCAAUGCAUUUGUAUUUUCAUACGCUGAUUCUUCGCUAUGCUUUAUUUUUUCUGUUUUUUCUUUUUUUUUAAACUUCAUUUAAGGCAAGUUGAAUUUUUGCGGAUGCCAAACUAGUUGGCGCCUGUCUUGUGCACAAGCAUCCUUUUGUGUUUUUACUGUUAGGUAGGUAAGUAGGGAGGGGAGGCCUUUGGUUUCAGCUGGAAAGGAAAACAUGGCAGAUGUUAUUGCUAUAAUUAUGCUAUCUUGCACUGAAAUGGGAAGUGAAAAUGAUGUAGCAUCUUCUUGACAAAUAUACCAAGGUCUUCCUUGUCUGGCGGUAUUGCACUGAUUCCAAUAUUUCUGGGACAAUCUGUUGGUCUGAACAAAGCCUUUUUUUUAAAUUUCUCAUCUGGCAGCGAACCAAUGCUCAGCAUAAAAAUGUUUACUCUUGCUCAUAAAAACAAUAAAAUGUACAGACAACAUAUUUAAGAUGGAUUCCUUGGUCUUGGCCGGUUGAGAUUAUUGUCAGAUUGGGUUUUCCGCAAAUAUUAAUAUACCAGGUUAUGACCUAAUGCUACAGAAAAAUGACCGCCCUUAGUCUGAGUGUGUGAAUACUUCUCAUGGGAGCCUCAACCUCAUUAUUUGUCAGGUAAUUACUUAAAAUGGUCAUUUGACUGCAGUCAUCCGUUUUUAUCACAGCAGCAGUCAAUGAGUGGUGAAGAGGAGCCAUCAUGCUUUCAGACCAAUCUUGGGCUUUUGUUUGAGUAAAAUGAUUGAGCAAAUAAACUUACAGUAAGAUAAUUGCUUUUUUCUGAGCUAUUUUAAAGACUUUCCCCUUCCCAAACUAAAGUAUUAUCACAUAAAAAUGCAAAUUAAUUUUCCUGUGAUUAAAAGUAAAAUUAGUGGUUCGUCCAUUGAGAAUCAUUCCAAUCCUUUCUGGGUGGAAACAGAAGUACCUUCUUGGCUUUAGCAGAUGUGAUGAACAGCUGGCUGCCUUCUUGAUUUUACUGUUUACCCUUUAACUUGUUGCUUGUUAAAAAAAAAGAAAAGAAACUGUUGCAGGUGGAGAAUUUGUUUUGGUUUUUUUCCCCCUUAGUUUAGAAUUUUUUUUUUAAAGUUUUUCCUUUACAUUCUGAAUGUGUUGGAUUUAAUAUACAAUAAACUACUGAUGACACCGCUCA